AUGAGACAAAUGACAAAAGCUAUGGAUAGUUGUUUUGAAGAUGAAAUGUUUCAAAUCAAAUAACUUAUUUAAUAGUUGAGACAAUCUGAAGUCAACUUUUAUGAUUAAAGAUUAUAAUAUGAUACUUAAAUUUUGUAAGAAUGGGAAAUUUAUAAGGAAAGUUAAAUCAAAAAAAUUAUACAUGAAACUAUGAAUUCAUCAAGUCCAGAUUUUAAAAUAUGUCUAUGUGAAUUUGCAUAAAAUAAACGAUUAUCUAUUGAAAUCUGGAUUAAAGUAGCUUAUGAUGUAUUUUAUGAUGAAUUAGAUGGUAAUGAAUUAAGAUUGAAAUUUUGGACUUACUUUAAGAAAAAGUAUUUUACUUUAAGAGAUGAAUUAAUGACAAAGGAAUGGCCAGAUUAAUGGAAAUAUGUAGAGGAUGAACCUUGUUUAUGUUUAGAUAUAAUUAAAGUUUACGAAUAAUAUUUACCAAUUAGAAUGUUGAUUGCUUAAAAUUUGAAUGAAUUAGCUCCUAAUUAUUUAUAUGUUGAUGUGAGAAGGAUGCCAAAUUUAAUUGAAGAUAAUGGAUUAUAUUUAGAAUGUACUAGAAAAACAUGGUUUCCAAAUUUAUAAUUACUAUCAAGUGAUUAAUUAGAAAAAGUUUAUUAUUCGAAUACUGUUUUUAGUCAUCAAAUCUUAAGAUUCAUUGUAAUAAUUAAAAAGAUUGUUAUGCCUAUCUUAACAUAUUUUUAAGAAAGAGCCGAAGCUGGCAAUGUAAUUAAUAUUUAUGGAGAAUAACAUGAAUUUAUGUUUGAAAUACUAUAAUCUCUAAAAGCUUUAAGUGGUUUGGCUAUUAGAACUGCUGAUGCAACAUUAAGAGUUUAGAAAUCUUUUAAAUAAGGAUCUGUAGAUUCUAGAACAAAAGAAGAUGUUUGUAAAGUCAUCAUUUCUACAUUAUCUUAGCAUGAUGUAAAUCAGGAAAUCUUAUAGGAUAUUUAUGAUAAUUUAUGUUAAGGAUAUACAACAUUCUAUUCUGAUGUUUAUAAACAUAUUAAACCAUAUCCUAAAUUGAUCAUUAUGGUAAGUGAAAGAAAACUCUCUUUUAAAAUGUCAAGGGCUGAUGAUAUUUAAUAUCAUUAAAUUCCUGAUCAAAUUAUCUUAGAUUUAUUAAAAACUAUUGACUAUCAAUUUCUUGUUUAUUAUGUUAAUUUAUGUUUCAAUAAAGUUAUGACUUUAUAGUAAAGGUCUGGAUAAAGAAAACCCUUUUUUUAAAUCAUGAUGUUAAUGUGGUCAUAUGCUGUCCCAUUGUUUUUUAAAAAUGUUAAACCAGAUCUAUCAGAUGCUAAAAUUUUUGAAUAUAUGGAAGCUUAUGAAAAACUUAUAGAAUAAGAAAACAUCACUAUUGAUUUAUCUGACAAUGAUGAGUAAAAAAAUAAAGAAGAUGAAGAUGAUUCAAUAGAUUCUAAUACUCAUGAAUCUGAAAUAUAAGGAGAAAAUAUGGAAAUCACCAAUCUUGGUAAGGUUGUCAAGAAAAUUAGAUUUUAUUGA